AUGACAACGGAAACAAUUCCAGAAGCGUUAUCAGCGGCAGUACAGAAAUUUGAGAAUGCGCCACCAUUCCCAGAAGAUGUUCCCACAGCACCAUUGCUUCGGCUAUCGCUUGCAAAGCUAUUGAAACGAGACAACGAAGAAGUAAAUCGCUUUGUCCGGGCAUGCGAAGAUCUCGGAUUCUUCUACCUCGACCUAUCGGGGCCUGGAGAUUCACUACUCGCAGAUGCGGAUGAACUUUUCAAGACCGGAGCCGCCUUGUAUGAUCUUCCGCUUGAAGAGAAGAAGAAGUAUGACUUUAUGCACAAAAACUCGUACUUUGGCUACAAGGGGUAUGGUGCAAACGUGGUUGACAGAGACGGAAACCUCGACCGCAAUGAGUUUUACAACGUAUCCAAAGACGAUAUACUCGGACUGUCAGACCCUUGGCCAGCACCAGAUGUUCUCAGCUCCCAACGCCCGCGUCUCAAGUCAUUCAUUCAAGCUGCCCACGGUAUUGUUACCCUUGUUCUUGAGCUGCUGAACGAUCAUCUUCGCUUGCCGCCAAACACUCUGCAAGACAUGCAUCGGAUAGAAGGCAAUUCCGGAGACCAAGUUCGGUUUAUCAAAGCACCACCCCAGCCUAUGGAUGAUCGAAGAACAGCCUUGGGUGAACAUACCGAUUUUGGAAGUGUGACUGUUCUAUUCAACCGCCUAGGUGGAUUGCAGGUUCUCCCACCAGGCCGGAAUGCCGAAUGGUGCUAUGUAAGACCACUCCCGAACCACGCCAUCAUCAAUCUUGGAGAUGCGAUGGUCAAAUUCACCAACGGCCUGUUAAGGUCAAACAUCCACCGAGUCGUUUCUCCUCCUGGCAAACAGGCAGAUUAUACGAGAUAUUCCCUCGUCUACUUUAACCGGCCGGAAAAUGACGUCAUGCUAAAGAGGUUGAGUGGGAGUGAGAUGAUUCCGCCAUUAGAGAAAGAUGAGGUCGAGGAGGAGAUCAACAGCAAAGACUGGAUCAUCCGAAGAGCGCUCGGUCAUCGUAUCGCGCUACAUGGAGACAAGGUUGACUUUGACAAGGCUUCAGGCACCGAGUCCAAGAGUCAGAGGGCGUAUCUGUAG